UGUGAACAUCACGUGCGCACUCUUUUUAGCAGUUCAGACGCUGCUCUUGGAAAAAGUUUUGUUACUGGAAGAGUUAACAAUGCGGUGCUUGUCUCGUCGAAAUGUAACUUUCACCAUUAGCGUCGUCUUUGGUUGCUGUAUCAUCUUUUUGAUGAACCAAUCAAUCCAUCAACUUUUGACUGGCAAUACCGUUGGCGUACCAUAUGUUGUUCAUGAAACGUCCAGCAAGAUUGCCAAAGACUACAGCAGCAGAGUCAGUAUCGUGCAAGAUGGAGAAAAGGCAGAUCUCUACGAAAAAGUGCGCGUGCUUUGCUGGAUCCUGACGUCACCGGAUAAUCACAAGACAAAGGCACUGGCAGUGAAAGAAACCUGGGGGAAGCGGUGCAAUGUUCUACUGUUUAUGAGCUCAGCAGCAGAUCCCAGUUUGCCCUCCGUCCAGCUGCCAGUGCGUGAAGGCCGAAAUCAAUUGUGGGGUAAAACGCGGGAGGCAUUUCGCCAUAUAUGGAACCACUAUCGCGAUGAGGCAGAUUGGUUUCUUAAAGCUGACGAUGACACGUACGUUGUUGUUGAAAACUUGCGUUACUUUUUGUCACCUUACAACACAUCGAAAGCAUUGUGGUUCGGCCACAAGUAUAAAGCAAUUGUUGAGACUGGAUAUUUCAGUGGUGGGGCUGGAUACGUGUUGAGUAAGGAAGCUACAAGGAGAUUCGUGGAAGAAGGUUACUUUAACGCUUUGGCUUGCCGACAUGAUCACGAAGGCGCAGAAGAUGCAGAAAUGGGGAAGUGUAUGCAAAAUCUGAAUGUUUCGGCCAUGGACACGCGCGACUCUAAGGGAAGAGGAAGAUUCUUUCCUUUUGUUCCUGAACAACAUUACUUCGCCGGUAAAAUUACGCCAAGUUAUUGGUACUGGAAUAACAUCUACUACGCCCCCACUCAAGGACGUGAAUGCUGUUCGGAUACCGCCAUUUCCUUUCACUAUGUCAAUCCCCAGCAGAUGUACAUAUACGAUUACUUCCUUUACCAACUUCGGCCUUUUGGAAUGAAAGCCGAUCGACGACCUUCUAUUCCUGAGCCGCCCCCGGACUUGAAUCUCACUGCCUUCCCCUGGUUCGCUCCGAGAGAGGAAACCACUUCCACUACGCCAAGCACAACUAAUACAAUAUUGACCGCUAUCGAUGUUUCUAACGUAACAGAUGUUCCGAAAGUUUCAAAUUUUACAGAAGCUACCGAUAACAAGACAGGAGUGGUUAAUAAAUGGAAGGCUGUUUUCGGAUAA